UUCUCUCCCUCUCUCUCUCUCUCUCUUCUGAGUGUUAUUUUCUCGGAAAAAGAGAGAGAAAUUCUUGGUGGGUAUAUGUGAGAAUGAUGUACGAGCAUGAUGAUGAGCAGCAGGAUAUGAGGAAGAGGAUGGAUAGACAGAAAUCCAUCGAGGAAGAAGAUAGAUUGGAAAUUGUUGAUUUGAGUGGCAUGAGCUUGGAUUCUCUCCCUAACCCUUCUCUUAAUUUAGGAACUAUUUGCAAGUUGGACCUCUCCAGAAACAAUCUCCAGAACAUAGCGGAGUCGUUGACUGCUCGAUUGCUUAAUCUGGUGGUGUUGGACAUGCACUCAAAUCAGCUUAAAUCGCUCCCAAACUCGAUCGGCUGCCUUUCUAAGCUCAAGGUUUUGAAUGUCUCCGGCAACCUUAUUGAAUCCCUCCCUAAAACUAUUGAGAACUGCAGAUCCUUAGAAGAACUGAAUGCGAACUUCAACAAGCUGAGCAGGUUGCCAGACACCAUUGGCUUUGAGCUUACGAGCUUGAAGAAGCUCUCUGUAAACUCAAACAAGUUGGUAUUUCUCCCAAGCUCCACCUCCCAUCUGACCGCCCUGCGAGUGUUAGACGCCCGCCUUAACUGCCUUCGGUCACUCCCAGACGACCUUGAGAACCUCAUCAAUCUCGAAGUCCUCAACGUGAGCCAAAACUUCCAGUACUUCGAGACCCUACCAUACUCCAUAGGCCUGCUAAUCAACCUCGUCGAAUUGGAUGUCAGCUACAACAAGAUCAAAACCCUUCCGGACUCCAUGGGAUGCCUCAAGAAGCUCCAGAAGCUCAUUGUGGAAGGGAAUCCGCUCACUUCGCCUCCCAUGGACGUGGUGGAGCAGGGAUUGCAUGCGGUGAAGGCGUACCUUAGCGAGAAGAUGAAUGCCGACCACAAGACCCCACAAAAGAAGAAAUCAUGGGUUGGGAAGUUGGUCAAGUAUGCAACCUUUAACGGGAACUCACGACGCGGCACCGGCCGAGCUCGCGAGGAGCGCGAAGGGUUCAUCAUGCCGGAGUAUCGGUCGAUCGACGGCCUUGCUUCGCCGAGGUUUAUGGGUAUGUUUUCACCUCGCCGCCUCUUCUCUCCCCAAACUUACUUCAGUAGAUGAUGAGGUGCGAGCAAAACAAUCCUUUGUAUCACAAAACCUGUGAAUUUAGUUUUACUGUACAUGUUUUCUUUAGUGGUUUUGCAUACUAUUAUAGACCUCUCCAAAGAUGUCUUCUAUGUGUAUGGUUUUGUAUCAGAAAGAUUUGUGUGGUCUCUUGUCCUAAAUCAUCAACAUCGUUGCUUUGC